AUGACGUCGUCUGCUUCAGUGUGCUCUCAGAGCUUGGUACGUGUGGUUCAUGUGGAUUUACGCUCUGGAUUUACCCGAUUUAUAUUCGACUGUCAGGUAAGUGUUAUAGCACUACUUGAAAAGAAUAAGUGGAGUGUGGUUGUCGAGGCGGUGUGUUCGCCCUGGGAUGAUUCUGGAGUGGUAUUCAGUACUGUUGGAGAGAUCAUGAGAAAGGUGAGAACAAGUUUCAAAGUCACAAAGGAAAAAAUUGUGAGCAGCAGUACAAUAUGGAAUAUAUAUGCUGAUGAUGCAACACUAAGAGCAAGAUCCAAAGAUGAAUUGACAAUUGUGACAGAACCUCAGAGAGACAAGAUAAGUGAAAGGAAUCCAAAUAAACAGCAACAAUUCCUAAUAGAAGAUUGCACCAGUGAAAUAAAGACCAAAUCUGGAUUAGCCAAAAACUUUAUGGCACAUAAUUAUGACAAAUGCAUUGAGAGCAAGAGUGCUAUGUAUUGCACUAAAAAUGAGACUUGCCAAAGCUUUCAUCUGGAGUAUCACCUCAUAGGCUUGCGAGAGCUGGACAUUGAGGCAGCUGGGGAAGAGAAUUUAAAGUGUGAAAUGUGGUUGAGAAAAGUUUUUGGUUGGAGGAAGUUCAACUUCUUUGAUGUUAAAGCAAAUAUUGAUGGAGGGAAGCUAGCAGAAGCAGUUAAGAUUUCAUAUGUUUUAACACCCUCAUCUGAAUGGAAUGUCAUAGGGUGCGAGGUAACAUGCACAGCUGCUGGUCGAGGCCAUGUUUACAUAGGGGAUUCAACUGGCUGUGUUCACAGCCUCACCAGACAGCUGAAACUUGACUCUUUUCAAGCCUUUGACAGGGCGGUCAAGUCUAUCACAGCCUUUGACCACACAAGCAUCAUCAUCACUGUAGCUGAUAAGAAUGAUGGACCCUCAGAGAUCAAGGUCUGGGCCCCAGACAAGGCUGAUGUUCAUGGUCAACCACCUUGUCUCAGGACAUUAUGUCCAGAUCCCAGGCCAAACCAGGCUGGGAGUCGAGCUAGCUCCGGCCUCAACCAAGCAGGGAAAGUGCCCAAGGUCACAGCACUAGCUGUCCAUCCCAAUUUGUCCCUUAUGGCUGUUGGUUUCCAGGAUGGCUCUGUCAUGCUUUAUCGAGGUGAGGUGAGUCGAGACCGUGGCAGCAAACACCGAGUCUUGCUGACAGUUUCCAGCAGCAUUACAUCUCUUCAUAUCCGACACAACACACGUGCAACUCAUCUCUUUGUCACCACAAAGAACAAUAUCUUUUGUAUCAAUUGCACUGCUAGAGAUAAAGAAACAACAGUUGAGCUGGAUUCUGUGGGUUGUGAGCCUGGUUGUGCGACACUUGCUGAUGGUCGUCACGAGCAUUUCUUAGUGGCAAGACCUGAUGCUAUAUAUAGUUACACAAGUGACAGCCGUGGUUCAUGCUAUGUGUUUGAAGGAGAAAAGUCCAUGGUAGCAUGGUUUAGAGGAUACCUCAUGGCUAGUGAAAGAAGUAUCACUGUUUACGAUCUAACCAACAAGUUGGGUCGUGGGGGAAUGGGAGGCCUCUACCUGGUCACAACAGAGCCAGCUAUGGUGCACAUGUCAGAGAAAGACCUCCAAAGCAAGUUCCAACUACUGUUCAAGAAAAAUCAGUUUGAUAUUGCAAUAAGUUUGGCCAAAACACAGUGCUGUGACCAAGAGGAGGUGGCUGAAAUUCUUCGUCAGUAUGGAGAUUGGUUAUACAGCAAGGGUAACCAUCCUGCUGCAAUGGACCAGUACAUCAAAACCAUCCCACACCUUGAACCAUCAUAUGUUAUAAGAAAGUAUUUAGACACUCAACAUAUUCACAAUUUGACAACAUACCUCCAAGCUUUACACCGUUCUGGGUCAGCCACAGCCGAUCACACAAGUCUUCUAUUGAACUGUUACACUCGCCUGAGAGACACCCAGCAGUUGGAUGAGUUUAUUAUGAGCAAAGAUGGGGCUGUGGAUUGUGAUGUAGAGCUAGGAGUGCGUGUGUGCCGCAGUGCCGGAUACUAUGAUCAUGCUCUGCUCUUGUAUAUUAAAACUCUGGACUUUGAGGAAGCUAAAUCAAGUGUAAUGAGGUACGGAUCAGUCCUGCUGAAUCAUGUGGCAGAUGAGACAACAGAGCUUUUGAUAAGACUUUGUACUGACUACAAGCCAAGCAACACUCCCCUUAUCAAAGAGGGUUCACUGGAUGGCUAUCUCACCCCAGAAGAACCAGUGUAUGGGGAUCCAGAGGAAUUUGAGUACCUUUUAGUGGGACAUAGUGAGCAAGCAAUUGCAUUUCUUGAGAAAAUGGCAACUACCCCAGGGAAGCUGUCAGACAAGCUCUAUACAACCCUCUUGGCAGAGUAUUUGCACCAGUAUGGACUAGCCCCAGAAGGUCAGGAGCAGGUGGUACUGGGUGAAAAGAUAAUGGAAUUACUGCGUAAUACAGAGAGUGGUUGUAGCCGUGACCAUGCCCUGCUCUUAUGUGAUAAGCAUCAGUUUUAUGAUGGGAAGCUUCUCUUGUGGGAACAAGCAGGAAUAAAAGGUAUGAAGAGCUCUCUUUCCUGGUAUGCAGAGCGAGGUGAAGUGGAGAACAUGCUUGCAGUGUGUUCGCGCAGAUCACAGCAUCAGCCUCGCCUCUGGUGUUCAGCAUUAAAGCUACUUACCUCCCCAGAGUCAACAGCUCCCCCUGACCCUCAGUAUCUAAUGACUUGUCUUAAUAACAUAGAGGAGAAAACAUUAUUGCCACCAUUGGAGGUAGUUGAUCAGCUGGCUGCAUCCCCACACAUCACACUAGGACAGGUGCGGGAUUACCUCCUCAGAGUAGUAUCUGCACACACUGCCACUCUCACCGCAGAGACUUCCCGCACUGAGCAAUAUUCGUGUGACACAGCCAAAAUGAGAGAGACAAUCAAUGGAAUCAGAACGAGUGCAACACAGUUUACAGCUACUAAAUGCAACAUUUGCAACAACGAGUUGGAACUGCCAUCUGUCCACUUUCUCUGCCGACAUUCCUUCCAUCAACAUUGCUUUGAAAGUUAUAGUGAGAGUGAUGUCGACUGUCCAGUCUGUCUGCCUGAAAACAGGAAAAUGUUAGAAGUCAUCAAGGCGCAGGUAAGAGAGAAUUUCACAGCUGGCAGGAAUAGGAUUCUGAGCAUGGAAAUAGUGCCCUCCCUGGAGCAAGCACUCUUCCAGUUAUGGUUUAUAGAUAGUACAUUCCACACUCAUUUACCUAUGGAAAUAACCUUAAAGAAAACUCGCAGCCAACAUGACCAGUUUCAUGAAGAAAGAUGUACGGAUUCCUUUUCCGUGGUUGCUGAUUACCUCGGUCGAGGGGUGUUCACUCAUCUCCACACCCUGGCUACCAUGUAUCCCUCGCUCAACACCACAAAAAGCAUGCAGGGUAAAGUUGCACCUCCAAAGGCAUCCGCUUUUGUAGAGAAGGACGUGACAGACACAGGUUCAGAGGCUCGAGUUAGAGCAGCAGAGCUUCCCAACCAUAAUACUGGUGGAGUCGUUUUCAGCUUUUCUUGGCACGUUUACGUGUCUAGUUUAGUUCUAGAGUUUAGACAUGUGACUACAAAGCUCUCUGAUAGGUUUCUGGCAGCAUGUGCCUCUGAUAGUGGCAAUAUUUACAGUCCAGAGCCGGAGUCCAGAUUGCGUGUGCUGGAGAAAGUCACCCAGGGUCCCACAGGAGUUGGAAGUGAAGGUCGCCUGCGGAUGGGAGAACGUCGAGGACAGGGUAUUCUUGAGAUUGAAUCUGAAAGUAGAUUGAGGGCUGAAGGGAGAAAAAUGGCUCAGACUUCCAGUGAGCCAACUUCACAAGCUAUGCCUGAAGGGAGAGUAAGACAGGACAAGUCCAGCGCUGUCAUAACAAGUCCAACAGAAGGUAGGAUGAGGUCACAGAUAACAUCAAGUGUAACUGUCCCAGUGGCUGAGAGUCGCCUAAGGUCAAAUGACUCUGCAAGGAUGGGAGGAGCCACGAAAGGAGCUGGCAGCAAAUAUGGUUCUUCCCUCCAUGACCACAUCACACCAUCACCCCCAGCAGCUACCAGGGAUAGAAGCCCCAAGCGACCUUCACCAGUGGAGAGCAUAUCCACAGCACUCAGUAGCACACAUAUUUCUCGUAACACUCAGAAGGCCUUAGACAAUCCAUUUGAAGAGCCAGAUGCGGAUAGUAACAAUCCGUUUGGCGAUGAUUUUGAGACAGAACAAAUGGGAAACAACCCAUUUGAAGAUGACUACGAUGAGUCUAAAAAUCCUUUUGCAUCUGAUUCCCCAACCCACAAGAGUCCUGAUGAAAAGAAUCCUUUUGCUGAUGAUUCAAGCAAGGAUUAUGAAUCCCAUUUGAAUCCAUUUGGAGAGUCAUAAAUGAUGACAUACAUUUUUGAGAAUAUUACUAAACAUACUCAUUUUAUUAUAUAUUUACACUACAUUUCAUAAUACAGCUAUGGCUUUAAUAAGUGUGCAUAAGAUUAUAAAAUAAAGCAGUAAUAUUUAUCACAGGAGCAAAAGGAAUUAGAUAUGUAUGCACACUCACAAGCACUUGCAUUGAUAAUGCCAAAUAUAUUUUCACUCCAUCUUAAGAAAUGUAUUAAUUAAAAAGAAGAUAUAGAAGGAAGAUGGAGAGCAUGUCAAGAUUGAUGCAUAAUGAGAAACUGGCAAAUAAGCACAUAUUUAUUUUGUUAAAAAAGGUUGUACACAACAGCAUGGCAGGUCUUUUGAAGUCUUUUAAGGUUGCAUCUCUUCUGGUAUUUUCUGCACUUUAAUACCAGAAGCAAAAUUUAUAAAUGCAAGCAAUCUGUUCUUUGCGUAGAUCUGUAUUUUAUGUAUUACAAGUGUGUAUGAAAUGCCAAUCAAUGUGUUGAUUUCCAGUAUUAAUUGCAGUACAUGCUUAUGAUUAUUAGUGAUUCUGGAAAAUGCAAUGUUAAAUGUAUAUAUUGGUAGACAGUUGAGUAAGGCUGUGCAUUUUCCUAAGCAGAAGUCUUGUAAUAUAUUAUGAAAGUAAAUAUAAUGUAGUUACUGUAGCCAGAUCUUUGAGGAAAAAGAAAAUAUAUAAUAAUGUCCAUCUUUAUCCAAAUAAAUCUUUAAUUUUGA